AUACUUGACACCAUCUUCGCACGAUCCCUCUCCGUUUGGUCUCGGCCGGAUUGUGAUAUUGGCGAAACUGAAUCCCAUUGAUUCAAGUCUUGUAAGCCACAAAUAUAGGCGAAGGGUCAACAAGAGCAACAACUAGCGACUCCAUCUGCGAUGUCACAUUGGACGGCGAUUUUGCGAACGAGAUUCUUCAACGAAGUAAACAACUGAAAUACAAGCUCCCGAUCCUCGAUUCUUUACUCCCCCAGCAAGCCUACUUCUGCGACAAAAAACGUGCUUUCGCUGGACGAAAGUAUCGCAAACCAUCCUCGUCGCCAACACACCCAUUUCCACCCAAGAUGGGUAGGCUUAUCAAAAACCACUGGGCUCGCCUCAUAGUCCUCACAGCGUCAGUCUACCAAAUAGGUAGCGCAAUCGAAGCCUUCAUCUGGCCGAAAAUAUUUUGGGACACCUGGACAAAGAACCUCGACGGCGCCGUCAAACCAGUACCCGUCCUGCAAAUACUCAACCUCCUAAUGGGCCUGCUCGGCGUCGCAUGGGAAUGGCCAUUAAAGUAUUUCGCCGGCACAAUGCCGCACCGCAGCAUCGAAUUCCGCCUCUUACUCUAUCCCCUCAGCUCGAUUCUGGCGGCGCUUAUAUACCAAGGCACGAAUGCCGCUAUAUACUACCUCGUUGGGAUCGCGGUUUACUUCUGGGCGUAUAGUGAAGGCGAGGUUAUAUGUGCCGAGCCUUGGACGUUACCCAGGCGAAUACCUUCGAAAGUAUAGCAUUGCAUGAUAUUACGCGGCGUUUUGAUAUGGCUUUGGGACUGGUGCUCUGGUAGCGCUUCUUGCAUCUACAUCGACCUAACAUAUUUAGACAU